AUGGAGCACGCUCAGAUCCAGAACUCUGACGGUGCUCAGGUGAUGACCAUCAACGGUCAGCAGAUGCAGGUGUUACAAAUGAGUAACGGCCCCCACAUGAUACAAGGCCCCAACGGACAGCAAAUUGUCGUUCACACUAUUCCAUCUACUGCUCAAGCUAUUCAGGUAGCGACACCUAACGGCCAACAAUUGCAACAGUUACAAGUGUUACCAAUAUCUAGUAUACAAGGUGCAAGCGGCAGUGUACAGCCCAUGCAGCUGGUGCAGACGGCGGACGGGCAGACGUUCCUGUACCAGGCCGGCGCCGCGCAGCAGCCCGCCGUCGACCAUCACCUCAUGCACCAGCCCACGGUGAUUAACUUAAAUGGCAACCUGGUGCAAUUGGCUGGGGUUAGCGGUGCGGUGCAGCCGCAGCAAGUUGUCAACCAACCCAACAUAGUCAUGAUGGUGAAUGGGUCUGGCGGGGGUGCGGGCGGCAGCGCGGGUGCGGGCGGGGGUGCGGGGUCGGAGGGCGCGGGCGGCGCGUCGGACGAGGAGCCGCUGCUGUACGUGAACGCGCGCCAGUACAAGCGCAUCCUCAAGCGACGAGCAGCGCGCGCGCGCCUGCACGAGCUCGGCAAGAUACCCAAGGAACGACCGGUGAGCACUCGCACUGCAUGA